AUGGCAAGUGUAAAUGCCACAUCAGCUCUCAUUACACUCAAUAUCAUCAUUUUCCUCACUUGUGUUUCGCUCACGGCCAAUCCGUGCCUGCCAUCUGGAAACCCGACUAAGACCUCGACAAGUGGCCGGUCGAUACCCUUAAGUUGGGCUUAUGUUGUGGGAACAAAACCGAGCAGCCAAUGUUGUGAACUUGUGAAAGGCUUAGCCGAUUUUGAAGCCACAUUGUGCCUUUGUACAGCGAUUAAGGCUAACGUGCUCGGGAUUGCGAAAGUUUAUAAGGUCCCGAUUGCCUUGAGCCUGGCGGUUAAUUUGUGUGGAAAGAAAGUGCCACGAGGCCCUCUCGGCUUCAUAUUCUCAAUGGAUAUUGAAGGCCUGUUUUCUACAUCACUUAGCGAUGUGGGAAAAGUAGACUCCCCAACAGCAAACCUCGAUGGAUGUGGGAUGAUGAGCACCGUGGAGUUCAUCGAGGACUCGAGCAUGACAUUGAUUAAGGCUAACGUGCUCGGUAUUGCGAAAGUUUAUAAGGUCCCGAUUGCCUUGAGCCUGGCGGUUAAUUCAUGCGGGAAGAAAGUGCCACGA